AUCCUUUCGAACGCCCCUGCAUUACGGUAUCUCAGCACGCGCAUUUACGCUGUGUGCUGAGACCAAAUCCGGGCUCUCGCACAAAAUCCGUUUCCACUCGGGGUGGCGUAGAGCGGGCCCCACUUGGCUUUGCUCCGUAAAUCAAACACUCGGGUCGGUCAGAGCCUCGACGGAGACGCGAAAGCUUUGACGCGAGAGCGGCGGUGAAAAGUCACUGAUCGAGCAGGCGCGGCUUGGCGAGGAAAAGAAUGGCGGAUUCGAGCAGCACCGCAGCGGUCGGGGCCGCAGCCUCCAACAGCGCUACUGCUGCCGGGGCUGGCACUGUUGCGCAUGAUGGAGCGCCCGGGGCUGCGGGACAGAAACCUGCGUCCGAGUCUGUGAAGGGUCAGAUUUUUGACGUGGGCCCCCGCUACACCAACCUGUCUUACAUCGGGGAGGGGGCUUAUGGAAUGGUGUGCUCCGCCCUGGACCACCUGACAAACCAGCGCGUCGCCAUCAAGAAAAUCAGCCCCUUCGAGCACCAGACGUACUGCCAGCGCACGCUGAGAGAAAUCAAGAUCCUGCUGCGCUUCAACCACGAGAACAUCAUCGGCAUCAACGACAUUCUAAGGGCUCGGCACAUCGACAACAUGAGAGAUGUUUACAUCGUGCAGACACUGAUGGAGACGGACCUGUACAAGCUGCUCAAGAGCCAGAGGCUGAGCAACGACCACGUCUGCUAUUUCCUCUACCAGAUCCUGCGCGGACUCAAGUACAUCCACUCUGCCAACGUGUUGCACCGGGACCUCAAGCCCUCCAACUUGCUCAUCAACACCACUUGUGACCUCAAGAUUUGUGACUUUGGCUUGGCGAGGAUCGCCGACCCCGAGCACGAUCACACAGGAUUCCUGACCGAGUAUGUCGCCACGCGUUGGUACAGGGCUCCGGAAAUCAUGCUCAACUCCAAGGGCUACUCCAAGUCUAUCGACAUCUGGUCGGUGGGCUGCAUCCUGGCUGAGAUGCUCUCCAACAAGCCCAUCUUCCCUGGGAAGCAUUACCUGGACCAGCUCAACCACAUUCUGGGUGUCCUCGGGUCCCCAUCCCAAGAAGAUCUCAACUGCAUCAUCAACAUGAAAGCCAGAAACUAUCUGCAGUCCCUUCCCGAGAAACCCAAGAUCCCGUGGGAGAAGCUUUUCUACAAGGCGGAUUCCAAAGCGCUGGACCUGCUGGGCCGCAUGUUGACCUUCAACCCCAACAAGCGUAUCAGCGUCGAGGAGGCGCUGGCUCAUCCUUAUCUGGAGCAGUACUACGACCCCACGGAUGAGCCCGUGGCGGAAGAGCCCUUCACGUUCUCUAUGGAGCUAGAUGAUCUUCCCAAGGAGAAGCUGAAGGAACUCAUCUUUGAAGAGACGUCUCGUUUCCAGGAAAACUACCAGGGCUCCUGAGACACAGCUUUAACAAGUGUCGAAGCCAACCACAGGCUUGGAAUCCGAAGACCCCCCCCCCCCCCCCCCCCCCCCCCGCCCCCCCGACGACUCGCUUGAACACAAGAAAACGCAUCCCUCUCCAAUCCAACAAGAUAAAAAAAAAAACAAAAAAAAAAACGAAAUCUGAACAUCGGCUGCUUUUUCUUUCCAUUCCCGCCGCAAGAAAAGUCUUCACUUUUGAUUUGUGUGCUUCUGUGGGGGGGGGACGUGGGGGGGCCGUGGCGUCUGUUGACUCCUCGCUCCUGCCAAAACAUUCUUCUGUUUCCUGUUGAGUGCCCCCCCCUCCACUCCCCCUUCAUAAUCCAAUCUCUUCUCAUAUAAACGACUCCUGCUUAUUAACCGCCACCAUUACUCGACUGUCUUGCUACGUGUGCGUCACCACCCGCCAUCGACUAAACUAAAAGAACAGGGGGUUGCUUAUCCGGGGGGGGGGGGGGGGGGUAUGUACGGUCCAUAGAAAAUCUUUAAAAAAAAAAAAAAAAAAAAAGCUUUUGCAGUGGUUUGUUUGUAUGAAGUCGUUUGCUUUAAAAUCAGCUUAGUUGUGUUUAUGUUCUCUGAUUUACGUUGGAACGCGUUUUCAACGUUUGAUUUCCUGGCAUGUUUGCCUUUCCUUCCUAAAUGACCUUCUGACCUUAUGACCUUCAUACCAAUGCAUGCAUUCCUCUAAUCGACCAAAGUGGAUGAGACGCCAGGAACUUGUUCGGGAACGCGACGGUGUAUUCCGUUUUUUCUUGGCCGCGCCGCCAUCAAAGGGCAGACGAGUGAACGCAACGCUCCUUCUAUGUCGCCAUGCUCCAGAAUAGGCCGCUUUUGUGCGCGUCCGUCGCCCCCACCUGGCUAAUAUCCCGUGUUGGGGGUUGCAUGACCAUUAAAAAGCACAAGUACCGCCGCUACACGAGACUGGAGACAGGAAGCCGCACGUACGACGUACCGCUAACGCUUUAGCCGUCCUCUCAGUAUAAACAUUAAGGCGCCGCUAUGCCGUUGCUAAGUCGACCCAGGACGACCGUAUGGCGUUUACACGGGCGAAUGGUCGAUGAUGAAAAGAAAUAGUCAUCUAGUGUGUAAAGUAGUUGCAGUGGCCCCCCCUAGUGUCGACUCAGGACACUGCACCCAGACAAGCAAAUGACCAUUUGUGCUUGUUUGUUUGGUUUCAUUUUCAAUCUUUUUUUUUUUGUUAUCCUGUGUUUGCCUGUUUGUUUAUCCGGUUGCCGUAGCGACCAUGCCCACUGCUGACAGUGGCAUUGUUUCCCAUGGAUGGCCGCUCUGGUGCGUGUGUGUCGUAUCUGUGCGUUCUUUGUUGUCACGACUUUUGCCAUCGCUUGGCGGAGCGCCGCCUGUGGGUCCGGCUCGGUAUCUGCACCGGGGGUCCGUGUUAAAGGAAGCGGGUUGACGCAGGCGGGGUCCGUGAUGCUUAACAGUUACGGGGACCCCGCCCCGCCCCGCCUGCUAGCUUCAGCCUGCUGCAGUAAAAUAAUGUUGUACAAAGUGUCGCUGUUCUCUAGAAGCCAUAGCCAGCACUAUGACUGUCCCCCCACAAAAGGUGGGAGGAUUUUUUUUUUUUUAAUUUUUUUUGUGCACAUGCGGUGAAAUGCACGGAUUUAUUCACCCCUCCCCAACACUUGCCACGCUUUACUCAAAGGGCUGCGUCCACCCCUCACCGCCCCUCCCUCCCUCCUUCCCCACCUGUGUGCACUUCCUCUUUCUGCCACGACUUCACUUUUCUUCAUCCGCCGCCACCGUUUCCUCCUCUUCCUCCUCUUCCUCCUCUUCCUCUCCCACCCACACGGCUAAGUCAGCACGCCUGCACUUUGUUGUCCAUGUUGGUCCUCCGUGUGUCCAAUCCUGCCCACUCAGCUUUAAGGAUCUCUUGCUUUGUCUCUCAAGUGUUUCUAUAUUAAGACGGCUUUUUUUCCCUUCUUACCGUGAGUGUGUGUGUGUGUGUUACUUCCUCUCAACUCCCUCUUUAUUCCGCUUUUUCAGUGUGUGUUUGUGUGUGUGUGUGUGUGUGUGUGAGACCGUUUCUUUUCCAUCCAGUGCAAAAACGAGACCCCCAUUUGAAUACCCGGCCGCCAGUCCACCAACCUUGCUUGCUUUUUCUCCGACCCGACCAAACAUCCGACUGGGUUGCCAUGGUUCCCAAACCAAGAAGACUGUUUUGCACUCACACACACACACACACACACACACACACACACACACACACAUAAACACUUUUGACUGAGUGCGUUUGUGUGUGUGUGUGUGUGUGUGAGAAAUGUUGCACUGGACGAUGCCAUGCACAUUCCCACCGUAUGGAGGAGUCUCGUGGCCUGUCAGUCAAACGGCCUGUUUCCAGAUAUCCUUUUAAAUGGUCGUUCUUAUUAUUACCGUUGUUAUAUUGGUGAGUUGUUGUAUUAUUAUUUUUUUUUUUUACUUAAAAGGGAGUUCAAGUUGUAUCGUUUUUUUUUUUUAAUCAUUAGGAUGUUUUUAUUUUUUUCUUGCUUAUUUCUCUUAUGGACGUGAUUAUUCUUGACAGUGUUUUCAGUCUUUCUGACACCUUUUUUUUUUUUUUCCAACUUGGAUUUUCCUUCCAAGUUCUUUAUAAGGAAUUAUUUUAAAAGGAAUUAUGUGUCGAUUGUCAAAGAGAUAUGAGUUAUUGAGGGUUAUUGUCUGUAUAUUGUAUGGAUAUUACUGAAAUGAUUAACAAAGAAACAAAAUUAUAUUACAUAAUUGAAUAAAAUUUCCUGAUACCGUUGCA